GACAAACCCUGGAAACUUCCAAGGGUCAAAGCUCCCAAUGCGCGCGGCAGCGGCAACCCACGAUUCCAGGGUCCUGCCUUGUGCCCAACGUCAGUUUUUAAAACUGUGUCCAUUCACUAGCUCCGAGAGCUCUUGCCUUGCAGAUGUUUUCAUCUACUCUUCGCCGCAGCUUCACCACUAAAACAACAACCAAACCACAAAUCUUCAAAUCCUCUUUCUCCCACACAGCUUUCAGAAUGGGUGUCACCAAGGAGAUCAUCAGCCCAGGCGAUGGCGUCACCAAGGCAAAGGCUGGCGACAACAUCAGCAUGGAGUACACUGGCAAGCUCACAGAUGGCACGCAAUUCGACUCCUCCGUCGGCCGCGGCGACUUCGAUGUCAGAAUCGGCACUGGCCAGGUCAUCAAGGGCUGGGACGAGGGCAUCCUCGAGACUGAUGGAGGCAUGACUCUCGGCGAGAAGGCUAAGCUCACCAUCACUGGUGACUAUGCCUAUGGCUCUCGCGGUUUCCCGGGUCUUAUCCCACCAAAUGCUACUUUGGUCUUUGACGUGCAGCUCAAGGCUAUCAACGGCAAGAAGGCCUAGAUGAUGUUGAAGCAUUCUGCAUCUGCAGUUGGGUUCCGGCCAAAUGAGUCCGAACUCACGACCUGAUGAUGUGCAUCUCGGUGCUGGAUGACCAAUCUGGUCCACAUCAAGCACACGAUGAAAUGCUUCAGGUUGCAUGAUAGAUCAUGGAAAACAACAAAUGAAAAUACAAAUCAAAGGCUACCACGAUCACACGCGAACAUUCUCACU